GUUGAUCAUUCGGCAAACCCUCUAUGGAUACCUUUUGCGCAUGCGCGAACGUGCGCAACGUCUGUAUCACUAUAUGUAAGGUGAAAGAAUGGCAGCAGUCCGCAAAUGAAUUCGGCUGUAGUUGGAAUGAAUGAAUGGUAACUAGUCGUGUCCCGCUGCAGGUUGGAGUAAAGGUUGGCCAUUGUGCUGCUGGCUCGAGUUCUGCUUAAUCAUCUUCUGGAAGCCACCUCCCUGCAUCCAGCCUCUUGGUAGCACUUGUCUUAAUAAGAAGCCUGCUGAGAGAUGUGGCCCAAGGCUGUGUGUGUGGGCCUUCUUGCCAUCUCUCUGGGACUCCUCCAUCACCUGCAUCCAGAAAUCUCUGAUGCAGCCCUUGAUUACCUUUCCUCUUCUCUUCAAAGCAUCGCCUCAAGGGAACCUGCUUCCUCCUCACCUCCCAUUGAAGAAGCCUUCUCUGCGGCCUGGGACAGGCUCAUUGUGGCACCCAGCAAGCACUGGGAGCGGGUGGCAGUGGGAGUGAAUGCAUGUGUGGAUGUUGUCCUUUCUGGAAUAGGCUUGUUACAGGCUUUGGCUCUGACUCCACAGUCUUCUGAAGAUCACAUGGUAUUAAACACACAAGAAGAUCUUGCUGAGACAUUCUUGCAUUACAUGCAGCAGGGAGCAGCUGCAGAACGUUUCUAUAGUGAUGCCAAAAGCUUUGCACACAUUUCCAGGACUGCCUCCCAGGACCCCAGGGCACAGCACUUUGUGGGGGGGAAUGCAGCGCUAAUUGCUCAGAGACUGGCAGCAAACCCUGAUAUGGAGGUUCUUCUUUGUGGACCCGUUGGGCCAAAACUACAUGAACUGCUGGAUGAGCGGGUCUUUGUGCCACCAACCUCUUUGCAGGAAGAAGAUGAAUACCAUCUCAUUUUGGAGUACAAAUCAGGUGAGCAGUGGGGAUCCAGGCAGGCCCCAGCAGCCAGUAGAUUCAUAUUUUCUCACGAUUUGUCCAACGGUGCAAUGACAUCGCUCGAGGUUCUGCUUUCUAGCCUGGAGGUCUUCCAACCCAAGCUGCUGGUGCUCUCUGGGCUCCACAUGAUGGAGGGUCUGAGCAGGGAAGCUAGAGAGGAAAGGCUCAGAGAAGCUGCAGCUUCCUUGUCAGAGGUGCCUUCAGAUAUCCUCAUUCACCUUGAACUGGCUAGUAUGACAGAUGGAGACCUGAUGAGAGGAAUCAUUUACCAGCAGGUCUUCCCUUUCAUCAGUUCUCUUGGGCUCAAUGAGCAGGAGCUUUUAUUUCUCAGCCAUUCAGCCUCUGGCCCCCACGCCUCCAUCUCUGCUUGGUCAGGAAUUCCAGAGGUUGGGAUCGUCAGCGAUAUCUUGUUCUGGAUUCUUAAGGGUUCUAAGAAUGAAGCUUCCUCCCUUACUCGUAUUCACUUUCACACCCUGGCCUACCAUAUUUUGGCAACUAUUGAUGGCUUCUGGGGCAAUCAGGUAUCUGCAGUAGCUGCUGGUGCAAGGGUUGCUGGUACUCAGGCAUGUGCCAGUGAAACCAUUGAUGCAACCAGAGUAAAAUUAAAGACUCCUUUGGAGUUUUCUACCUCUCGAGAACAGGUGGGCAGUACAGUCAGGGUGAGUGCACAGGAACCAGUUGCAGUUUGGAUUAGGGAAGGAGUUACAUUCCACUUCACACCAGUUCUCAUCUGCAAAGAACCUGUACGGACUGUGGGGUUAGGGGAUGCAAUAUCAGCCGAGGGACUCUUGUUCUCAGAGGCAACAUCUCAGUAAAGUAUCUUGUGAUUAUAUCUUUAGCCUCAAAAAUGUUUAAAGCUGAGUACUGCCCUUUUUGAGAGUCACACUCCAUUAAAAUGACAAAGCUUCUAUGUGGGGCUACAUAGGAAUGGCCGUUCAUGGGUUUGAAUCUGCUGGCAGUGAUGAAAUGUUUGUAUACAUGGCUUUCUUUCUCUUCUGAUGCUUUACAACCCAAGUUAUUGAUUCGGCCAGAACAGAAGUGUCCAUAUAUUACUUUUGAUAAUUGCGGCUUCAGUGAUUAAAGGGCAAUAGUACUUAUAUAUGGAUAAUUUUGUCCCUACUAAUCUGUCAGGCACCCAUUUCCCUCUUAUGAACCUUUCCGAGCAGUCUAUAAACUACAGAUGUUGUUUAGUAAGUCUUCGAUUUGAAUUGAUGAUGCCUAAAAUGGGACCAUACUGGAAAAAUGUUGGCAUAUUCAACUAACGCGAUCCAUAUGUGGAUGACUAGAUUGGCUAUCAUUGGAAGCAUCAUCAUUUGUGAUCUAAGAGGUUUUUUUUUGGAUUAAAUCAAUACCUCAAAAAAUAUAUACUGCUGGGAAGGACUGGUCCCAUGGGGUUUGGGGAUGACUGAUGACCCUAUACACACUCAGAAGGGGAUAUAGGACAUCGUUUUCUGUUUUGAGCAGUCUGCUAUUGUGCAGUUGUAUCUGUCUUGAAGUCACAGAUCUAAGAUCAAGCAGUUCAUGUUUUAGUUAAUGAUGUAUGAGGUGGUUGGCCCAUGUGUUGCCAGCGUAUAGGGCAAAUAAAGUCCAGACUAAUCCUUCACUUCUUUUGGUUAUUCUAAAAUAUCAUAGCGCUGAUUUUUUUCUUCUUGAGAAAACAUAUUGGGGCUCAUUUAUCAACACUGCCCAAAUUUCCCUGUGGACUGUUACCUAUAGCAACCAAUCAGAUUGCUGCAUUCAUUGUUUUUCUUGCAGCUGUCUUUAAAAAGCUAAUCACUGAUUCGUUGCUGUAGGUAACAGACCAUGGGCAAAUUUGCCCAGUAUUGAUAAAUGAGCCCCAUUGAGUUAAUGCAGCCUCUCGCUUACCUAUGGGUUUCUCCAGCCUGGCUCAAGUCAAACCCAGAGGGUAAGUAGGAUUUGCACAGCAGACCUAUGCAACAAAAUUCACUUUUAAUAAAUGAUUUUUUCUGGACUUUAAUUGCCUGUUGAGUUGAGGGAAGGUAAAGAGGGGACAGUUUGUCUUGGCAUGUGUUGCUGUGUAAAUCCUAAAGCACCUUUUGCAGAAACACAGAAGCCACAUUGUGAGGGAUGAAUGCUACAAGUUAGAAUUCAGUCUUGGCACUGAAAUGUAAACUGCUCUGUACGUCUCAAUCUGAUGAUACUGAAGUGACAAUAGGUUUUCUUUGUUACAGAUAUAAAUUGCAUAUUGUUUAGGAUUUGUGGCUUUGUUCAGUUGCCCACAUACAUUUUCCAUAGGCCAGCACUAGUUUUCUAGUGCUGGCUUUUUUUUUUUUUUUCCCGGCAACUUAAGUUUGACUCAGAAAGUAAGAAGUGUGUUCUCAUGGCCAGUGAUAGACUGGGUCAGUUCCCAGGGUUUUUUCACUGGUAAUUUUCUGUAGGGAAAAGCCUAGCGAACAGAACACCAUGUGUGGCUGCUUUAGAAAUCUAACACAUUUAAAUGGUUUGUUCACUAUACAACACUUUUUUUUCAGUUCAGUUGGUUUCAGAUAGAUCACCAGAAAUAAAGACUUUUUCCAAUGAUUUUCUAUUUGUAAAAUGUUCUAAAUUGUACAUUAGUUGAUACAUUUCUUAUCUUUGACCCUUCUGAGCAGAAUAAAAUUGAUAGAAUAGUUACCAAUACUCCAGAGAUGCUGCUGAGAAAUGUAUCAACUCAAUGUUGCAAAAUUGUAACUGUUUAGAGUCUGCACCUGAAUUACUGAGCUGCCAGACUCAAACACCAGAGACACGAACAUUAAAAUUUAAGCUUCAAUUUUGGAAAAAAAAGUCUUUAUUUCUGGUGAACAAUCUGAAAACAACUGAACUGAAAAAAGUGCUUGAAAGUGAACAACCCUUUUAAGAGUAAUGAGACAGGGAUGUUUUAUCACCUGCACUUUUCUAUGCCUGUCAGUGACCCUAUGUGCCAUUGCCCUUCAGAAUACAUUUGUUCCUUACCAUUCUGAAAGCCAAUCCUUCCCAGACAGCAUCUCCCUUUAAAAAAAACACAGCCUCAAAUGCAAGGUUUUUCCAGCCAAUUAUAAACCUUUAAUCGUGUUCCACAAAAUCAGUAUAUUAUGCAAUCUGCAGUUAGUUGAGGGCUUGGUUUUAAUUAUGAAAUGGAAGACUUACAACCCAUGCCUAGUCCUUUAAAUUUAAAGGGCCAGUAAUAGAUAUAGUGUGUGUGUGUGUAUAUAUAUAUAUAUAGAUAUAUAGAUAUAUAGAUAUAUAGAUAUAUAGAUAUAUAGAUAUAUAGAUAUAUAGAUAUAUAGAUAUAUAGAUAGAUAAAUGAACAAAAACCAGCACCAAGGGUCUUCCAGUGAUGAAAAUAUUGUAUUGUUACAUAGUAUGCAAAACCGACGUUUCGGUCCCCAUCGGGACAUAUGUAUAUGUGUCUUCCAUUUCAUAAUUAAAAUCAAGCCCUCAACUAACUGCAGAUUGCAUAAUAUACUGAUUUUGUAUACGGUAACUGUAAAUCAAAUAUUUAUUAUUCUGCUGUAUGAGAAAGGUAUUUAUCCUAUAAGUGUAUAUAGCCCUGAAGGAACAGAACCAUGGCCUACAUUUGACUUCUGUACUAGAGCCAAUGCAUUUGUAUUGUUUCUCUAUUAUGUGCUGUGCCUUGUGGCUCCUAGAGUCCUACAUUAAAGGAGAAGGAAAGGCUUGAUGCACUUAGGGGUGCCAAAUGUUAGGCACCCCCAAGUGACUGUACUGACUUACCUGAAACCCUGGGUGGGUGCUCCUAUCAGCAGAAAACUGCACCGGCCCGAGGUUAUCCGAGCAAUCUUCCUCUGUCUUCGUCUGGCUGCACAGUAGAACGAAGAGCUGAACUUUAACUAAAAAGUCGGCUAUUUCAUUCUACUUCGCAUGCAUCUGCCCCGGGAAAUUUGAAGACGGAAGUGGAUCGCUCCGUAGUGUUCACUGGUAUAACCCCAGACAAGUGCAGUUUUCUUCUGAUAGGAGCACCGGCCUGGGGUUUCAGGAAGUCAGUACAGUCACUUGGGGGUGCCUAACAUUUGGCACCCCCAAGUGCACCAAGCAUUUCCUUCUCCUUUAAAGUCCUGCACAAGGUCGAGUACCCUCAGUCAUUGGUUUUUUUUGGGUAGUGGCCAUUUUCACCAGCGCUACAAGUAGUAGGCUUAUGGCACAUGGGGUGGCAGCAAAACUUGGCAAUUGCAACACAAGUGAUUAGAAAUGUCAAAACAGUGACAACCUGUGGGCACUAAAGACAUUUUAUAUAUUUUAAUCUUGAAUAGGAAACUGGACAACAAGCCGUUCCAGGGCAUUUUGACUUUCAAGGGUUUUCAGAUUGGACACCACUGCCCAAAGGUGCAUGUAGCAUAGGAAUAGUAUUUGUGAUACAACAGCAGCCCCUGGGCUUCCAGUUGCCUGUUCACACUGAAGAAGAAACUAUCAGCACUGUCUGUGGUCUAUUAACAGCCACUUGGUCUGAAGGCAGAAUUGUCGGUUUUAUAUUAUUGCAGUUCUUUUGCUGUUGGCGGCGGUUCCUUAGACAUCUAGUAUCUACUCCACCCAGUCUCUUGAAUGGAACUUUGGUUUUCAAUUUAGUUCAAAGAACAUUACGUGUAAAUACAUACUGGGUACAUUUUCCAUUGUUACCAACCCUUCACAUGUAUGAAGUGUAACAAUGGCUUUCUUUUAUGUCAAGUUGUGAUGCCUAGCGCACUUUGAUUUAUUGUACUUUUGUCGUAGAGCAAGCAUUACACAUCAAAACAUUUUGGGCAAACAGAACUUGUUCAUUCAUGUUUGAUGAAGUUAACCGAUGAGAGGAGAUUUAGCUGCCACCAUUUUACUAAACACAUAUGUAAGCACAUACAUAUGGCUCCAUGGGGUCCCUUUUAGCAAUGCUGUUUCUUUAUGGCCUCUAAAUUAUAAAAUGUCCCAUAGUAUGGCUAAAAAUUAUUUCAGGGAAAAUCAGGCAUUCUUUUUCUUUUGAAAAUGCUGGAAAAAUAGAAACCCCUUGCUGUGGGCCAAUGUAUCAUUCAUUACACACCUAUUUCAGGAUUAGCCGUACAGCAACCAUACAGGACACUGCUAAAAGGAGAACUAAACCAUAAAAAUGAAUAUAGCUGGAAAUAUUGUACAUUAUAUACAGAAUUGACUGCACCUGCUUCACAGGUCAUCUCCAUAACAAUAGUGAUACAGGCCUUCAAAUGUAUAGGAGCCAUCUUGGAUUUUGGUAGAAGUGACAGUGACCCUACACAUGCUCAGUGUGCUCUGGGCAGCUGUUGAGAAGCUAAGGUUAGGGGGUCAUCUCAGAUCAUCAAGCAGAAUGAGUUUCGAAUGUCAACUAGGGACAGCUUUAACUUCAUCUGAUGAGUCUAAAAGUGACUUUAUUGCACUAAAUAUGACAGUAGCACGCACUCUCUCACUUGAAGCUGCAUGGGUCUUUUAUUAAACCCCAGAUGUUUCAUUCUGAAAUCACUAGUGCUACACAAUUCGGCUUCAGGCUAACUGGAAGUCUGCUUCUGCAAAAUGACAGCCGUGCUCACUAAAUAGUGGGACUGAUCGAGCUGUUUUAGGUUACACAGUACUUGUAAGGCCAUUUAUUGGAAAUCUGUUUUGUAGAUGUUAAAAACAUUCUUUUGGCAUGAAAUGGCACUAUAACCCUCCUUCCCCACAGUGAUUUACUUUGCACAAUCCUUCUUUCAUGGAAGGAAAACAUUCCCAAGGACCAAGAUUUUUUUUCUCUCAAACUAGUGAUGUAGAUCCUUUUGUCUUUAUGUAUAGCAGAGAGAACCAUUGUAUCUUUUAUACUUCCUUAAUGAUAUUGGUGUGUGUGUGAGACAGCAGUCACCAUUUAUUUCUAUUCAAUAACACAACCUAGUCCUCAAUCUCCAGUUGGACAGCCUACCCUGUAGUGUAAUAUUAAGGCUCAGAAGAGCUUUUGAGAAACCUGGUUAAACAGCUCUACCAAAAAGCAGUCUGAAGUCAACCAUAAGCAGAUCGAUCAGGUGAGCCUAUUUGGUCCCUUCAUUGGGCGGACGAUCUGCCUUUUGGUCAGGCUGCACAAGCAAAGCUAAAUUUGUAUGAAACACUGGCUGGCCAUUAUCUAAAACUAAUGAGAUUAAGUGUGUGUGGGAGAUUCUUACCUUUGUUUUCAUCUGUCUGUAAAACAAAGGGUUUGUUUAUAUUUAUGCAGUUCUACACCAAAUGACUGUUACAUUAUUUAUAUUUAUUAGUUGUUCUAUCAGGCCAGCUAAUUCUAAAAUAUGUGAUGCAGACAAGACCUUCCAUAUUGACUCUCUAACUCUCUCUCUUUCUCCCCUGGCACAAUGAUAUGGAGCCUUAAUCAUGGAAUUUGUCUUUACCUUGGCUUUUCCUGCUUUCCUUUGUUUUGGUUUUUGAGCAUUGGAAAUGCUCAACAUUUUUGGAAUGGUUGUGAAAAAUGUAUUUUUUUUUUAAAUAUUAAUAAAAUACUUUUUUUCUAACAA